AUGGCAUAUCAUCAAACCGAGUCAAAGUCGUGGAAAGGGGCAACCAGAAGUGCGCCCAACUACACACGCGUCGACUAUGGGCGAUUCCCCGAGAGUCUUCCGCCCCUUAUACCUAUCGGACAAACAUCAAAAAUUGGAAAGAUUGAAGUCGAUUGCCGGUUCCUUUGCUCAAGGUCCAGAUGGGGCAAGAUGUCGAACGGGGGUCCGGGUCCUCGGCUUAGUGACACUUAUCCCGCCGGCAUCCUUUACCUUGACCUGGCCUUCCGUCAACCUGCUGACUGCAGGCUUCAGUCAGCAAAAAUCGCCGUAACCCUAGGAAGAGAUGACUAUAUGCUCCAGAAGAGUGAACCGGCUGUCUUCAUGACCGGCCACUAUGGCCCAAGACAACUGAGCGGACCCAGACAAUCGAUACAAACCCGACAACUGGACGAGUUCAGACCACAAGUAGGAGUAGGGGGCUAUGUCGAGGUUGGCGGUGUUGGCAGGCAAAAAGAAAAACUCCAAACCAUCGCUGACAGCUGGCGUUUCUCUGGCUAUCUCCGGUCUGUUGACGGGUGUCCGAACUACAACAGGCUCGAGUGGGUUCUUGACGAGAGCUUCCUUGAGGAGCGACCGACGCACGGCCCCAUCUUUCACACAGCCUUUGCCAUCGGGCACAAUGCGAGGGCCUUUUAUCUGACGGUGGAAGUGACCGGCACCCUUGCUAGGAAACGGGAUAAGUUCAAGAACUGGUCGAGGGAGAAAUUCAAGUUCGGGGGAAGUAAAGACACGCCGCAAAACCAAGCAACCAUCAAGUUCCAGUGGAGGAACGGAUACUCGUCUGCCAAGUUGCCCCUGGACGUGGAAGCCCAAUAUCUUUCACAGGCCAUGGAUUUGGAGAAUAUGCACAGCAUUCCGAUCGUGAUCCCGGAGCCCCAACCAGCAGCUUUCUAUUCACCAGCUAUGCACUCGGAGGCGGCGACCGACACUCGAAGGACGUCUGUCCGCCCCGACAACGUGAUGCUUCCAACAGCCGGCAAUAACACUGCUGAAGCAAGAAUUCCGCGGCUGCAAACAGAUGUGCCACCUAGGCCGCUGUGGCUGACGGAUGCUCUCCCAAACUUGAAGCCAUCGACAGACGAGAAUAUAGCUUGGGCCGCCGGAUUGGACUCUGUUGGCCGUUCUGGUUCGAUAGAUCUUGACAGCCUUGAUUUGACCACGACGCCGAAGACUGUUUCGGGCGGCACGACACUGGUCGAUGACGACCAGGACAGUGAAAGCCCUUGGGAGUCUAAUUCAACCGCACGGCGGACAGUGGAAAGACAAGCCAAAACGAGCGACGAGUCCAGUGCGGAAAAGACGAUGAAGGGAGAGAAUCAUCCGUUCAACGAGCCGCCAAUGGAGGUUGGUCUUAUGCUGAAGCUCCUGCACUGGCUUCAAUGUGUUACUAUCUGGGAGCUUAUCUCGGCGAUGCUUGGAGUUGCUGCCUUAACCGGGGAAAGCCGUGCGGAUAAAGGAGAUUGGGGUCGACAAGGAAAAUGA